AUGGGGAACCAGCAUCCUAGAAAGAGAUUUGCUAACCAGGAUGAAGACUGUUUGCCCGCAAAAAAAGCCAGAUUCGAUAAUGAGAUUCCAGAAAGAAAAUACCAAAAAAAGGUUUCGCUGAGGAAAUCUGUGGGACGUUUCUCAUUCUGUUCACCAACUUGGGGAUUACGGAAGUGCUCCAAUGACGAUGGUUCAGGACUUUCGUCACAACACUUUGCGAACCGCUGUCGUUCUUUAGACGGGAUUGGUGAGAACGGUUCACGAGAAGAUGAUGGCUUCAAACGUCCAAACUCUACCAAUUUGAAAAAUUACCAUCAGACGGCAGCAAGUUGUUCAAGACUAACACGGCCCGAGUAUCCAGUGCCAUGGCUAGUGGCAUUAUUUUUACCCGAAUUUCCUUCAAGAUCCGCAGUAAACGAAAACAAUUUCACACUGAGCAACGAAAUAGGCAAUGGGUCGUUUGGUCAUGUUUUCCGAGCAAUAAGCAAAAGUGAUCCAUCUUGUAUAUACGCCAUGAAAAUACAAGAAAAGUCGAAAAUAUUGGGUCGAAAUGCAACAUUACAAGUGAAACGAGAAGCUUCUUUGCUGCGUCUACUACCACCAUAUGUAUUCGUAUCUCGUCUAUAUGCCACAUGGCAGACCCGGUCUAAACUUUUCUCGCUUUUACAAUAUCCUGUUGGUGGAUUGGGAGACCUGUUCACCGUUUGGCGCGAGCAUGGAAAUAUGAAAGAGAGCCAGUUACGGAUCUAUGCUGCUGAAAUAGCUUGUGCAUUAGACUUUAUUCACCGUCAUGGGAUAAUAUAUCGGGAUCUGAAACUCGAAAACGUCAUAUUGGACGCUGACUGUCAUAUCCAAAUUAUCGACUUUGGUUUAGCUAAACAACUACGUAACGGACAAAGAACCAAAACAAUAUGCGGAACACUGCAGUAUAUGUCGCCAAUUGUUGCCGUGGGAGAGCCAUAUGCUCAUGAAGUAGAUUGGUGGUCGUACGGUGUUCUUCUACACAUUUUAUUUACGGGCCGGUAUCCAUAUCCAAAUGCAGAAGCAGUACAUCACUCUGAAUUAAGGUUUAUCGAUUACAGCACUCCAUAUGGUUGUAGCAAAGCUUUCGGCAAUCUUCUAGAUCGAUUGUUGACUACUACUAAAGAGCAUCGUCUGGGGACAUUUGCCGUUCUCCAUGCUCACCCAUUCUUCCAGGAUAUCAAUUUUGAGGAUGUUGAAGCAAGGAAGCUACAACCGGCAAUACAUUUUGAUAACUUACGGAGUCGAAAUAGUGAUUUUGACGAGAAGAGUAUUUUGGACGGUGAAGAAAACUGGAGAGCUUUCGAAGAGAAAUAUGAGUUCAAUGAUUUUGCCUGUUUCAGUGAUUCACUUUGA